GUUUGUGAUUUGGCUAUGAAUGUGAUAUAUACAAAAACGACAAAUUUCGAUAUGAAGGAAUUUCCAAGUGAAACACGAAUACCCACUAUGUACUUUAAGCGAGCGGAUGAAUUGCUGACCAAUACUAGAAAUUAUUUACCUGCUGAAAUGCAAAUAAAUAUGACGAGUCCUAAAGGAAAAGUUUCGCUUCAUAAUACACAUUCUGUCAGCGAUAGACCACAACGUAGGGCUAAGUCCAAACAACAAAAGGAAGUAGGCAUUGGUCCAAAUGAAACUGAUGCAAGGCUGCAAAUUGGAGAAGUGGAAUGUAUUGAUGCACAGCCAGCAGAAGCAUCAGAAACUAGAAUUCAAUUACCUGGUUUAGAGGAAGAAAUCGAAGAACCACCAGCAAAGAGGGCAUUAAGAGAAUCAGAUAAAGUAAAUAAAUAAUUAAGUGAAUAAACUGUAUUCAAGGGGAUGUUAGGAAUAGGGGAAAGACUUAA